AUGCAGCUAGAUGGGAUGGACUCACUUAUUAGUUGCUACGUUGACUCACUUCAGAUCCUUCCUUUGGAAAUACAGUCCCGAAUAACCGCAUACCUUCAGUCAGAUCUACAGCAACGUCACUUAAUAGCGCUAGCUAGGCGCACUGUGGAUGAAAUGCAAAAGUCCAUGGAGCAUAGUACCAAAAGGAAGCAUUUGGACCAACUCAUAUAUGUUUUAGUUGCGAUCCAAAACAUAUGCGACCGUCGAAUCAAUGAUCUGGAUGAAUUAGAUGAAGUAAUUGAAACCCAUUCUUUAAAGCUGAUGAAUGCUAAAAUGAAAGUUGAUACAAUCGAUCCUCAACGUACUCGUUCAAAUACGGAAAAUGUCCCUGAAAGUGAAGUCGACACCAGUGAUCUAGAAGUGUCUAAUCCCCAAUACAAUUGCAAUUUACUACGGCGCAACUUAUCUCAGGAAUCAAGUUUCGAUAAGUGCACUAGCUACUCUAUACCAAACACACGAUGUAGUGAUGUAAGCAUACGAGGUAAAGAACGCUUCCCAUUACGUGCUGUUAGCACUAAUAGUCGAACUGCAUCACGUCGAUCACUGAAUAAAUGGGUUCCCGGCGUUCAUCGCUUCAAGCCUGCUAAUUCAAUGGGCAAUAGAAAUGCCAACAACUCUCUAAAGUCCAAAGGUGAUGCUAACAAUAAGUCAACAAAUAGGACUUCAGUGGAACUCAAACAACAUAAAGUGGGUGUAACAUAUACUCGUUACUCUCGAAGUCAACAACAGAGAUUCAAAAGUCAUCGUGUAUUGCCAAGAUCACUUCACCCGAACCGUGCAAGACCUCAGUACUUAGAGUACGCUAUGCUGAGACAUGGUUCUCGGAAGAGAAGAAAUACGGUGUCGAAAUAUACUAAUCCCGACUCUUCUCGAAAUUGUGAGGAAACAAAUCUCGUAGGUAGUGUGAAGCGACGACAUGAACAAAGCCAUCCUAGCUUUUACAAAAACGACAAUUGUUUUGGUUCAUCUAGUAAAUCAAUAAGUAAUUUAAAUAUUGAAGAUAAAACAGAAGAGAGUGAUGUAUAUACCCUACUUAGUUUAAAGAGCCCAAAAAGGUUGGGAGAUAGGUCAUCUGAUUGGAAUAGCAGUUAUAAUGAAAAUGAAAAUGUGGCUGAUGUAGAUUGUAGUGACAGCAAUGGUCAUACCACAUAUGACAUGGGAUGUGAUCAAAACUGUUCUUCGCAGGAAACACAAGUCAUCAGAACACUAACUAAUCAACUAACAAACGCUCAAAGUGGUGAACCAAGUCGUCAAAAGAUGUAUAGACUCCGACGAGCUAGUAACAAUGUACAGUCAACACAAUCGUAUCACAGACCCAAUUCAUCUUUCCCACCUGCAUCACCAGAACAUGGAUCUAAUCGCAAUUGUUUAACAUCUCAGAGUCUUAGCCACGGCAACGCUAGGCGAGGAUGUCGAAGUAAUAACACCGUACGUCACAAAAUGGAUCUUCAAGUAAACACACGGUCUCCUCCAGGAAAUUCAUUUAAGUAUGGAUCACAUGCUGAUGAUAUGAAUGCAUUUCGACACAAAGUAAUAUCGGAAAACAGCCCUAGUCAUAGUAUGAGUGAAGCAAGCGUCAGCCCAGAUGAGCGUCUGUAUUGUAUAUGCCAAAAAGUAUCAUUUGGCGAUAUGAUAGCUUGCGACAACAAGUUCUGUGAGGUUGAAUGGUUUCACUUCUCAUGUGUAGAUGUCCGGGUUCAACCUAAGGGUAAAUGGUAUUGCCCUUACUGUCGAGGAGAGUCUUCGAAAAUAAAAAGAUCCGAUAUCUAG